UUUGACAAUACCGCGCUGCCACCUGAUUGGAGGAAACGAUUAAGCGCUCCUGAACAACUUGGUAUAAAUUGACGGGAUUCGUAUCCAGAAAUCAGAUUCAUCCGAAGUUCGAUCCUCUCGGCAGCAUCUUCUACUCUGAUCAUGCAGUUCCUAAUCGUCGCUUGCGCUCUUUUGGCCGUGGCUUUCGGCCAGAACACUGGACGCUACCAGGGCUACCAGGGAUACCAGGGAUACCAGGGAUACCAGGGAUACCAGGGAUACCCAGGAUACCAGGGAUACCAAGGAUACCCAGGGUACCAGGGAUACCAGGGAUACCAGGGAUACCGUGGCUACGCCGGUAACCCCGGCUUUCAGCCCGUCCAGCCCGCCAAACCCGUCGAGACCAAAGAGCCAGAAGUAGUCGCAGCCAAGGCCCCAGUCUUCGUCAAGGGAGCCUACGAAAGCGGACCGUACGCUCGUAUUCUGAACCAGAACCAGGAUAUCUCUCCGGACGGCAGUUACGCCUACAGCUACGAUACUGAAAACGGAAUUUCCGUAGCCGAGAAUGGAGCUCCCGCCAACGGUCGCAACGGCGCAGUGGAGCUCUUCUUCCUCCCAGAUGUCAAACGAUCAUGCGCAUUUCCGUUCCAGGUUGUAACCGGCCAGUAUGGUUACACCGCCCCCGACGGAACUUCCUUCCAACUCCGAUACGUCGCCGACGAAAACGGCUUCCGGCCAGAGGGUGUUCACAUCAGCAGCGUAGGUGCAGCUUACCCUGGUUACUCCCGAAAGUACGAGGGUCGCUCCGUUACAGCCCGCGAGGCUAAGCCCGAAGCAGCAGUCGUUCAGGAUGCUCCGAUAGUCGCUGCCGUACCGAAGCAAUAA